GUCAAAAAGACAUGAAGCAAAUGUGGCAACAUGCUGAAAGCUGUCGUUUUGGAGUGUGUUCUAAGAACGGAGGCAUCUAGGCUGAAUGGAAUUCAGCAUCAAAGAAAGUCCUCUUUCUGUUCCGAAGGUUGUAAAGUGCGUGAAGAUGAAGCAGGCACCGGAAAUCCUUGGCAACACGAAUGGAAAGACUCCGAACUGUGAAGUGAGUCGUGAGUGCUCCGUGUUCCUGAGCAAAGCCCAGCUCUCCGCCGGCCUGCAGGAGGGAGUUGUGCAGAAGUUCAAUGGCCACGACGCGCUUCCUUUUAUCCCAGCCGAGAGGCUGAAAGACCUCACCUCCCGCGUCUUUAAUGGAGACCCUGGUGCUCAUGAUGCCAGACUGCGUUUGGAGUCCCAGGAAAUGAAGGGACUUGGGACACCACCUGACACUACCCCUGUCAAAAAUGGCUCUCCAGAGAUCAAGCUGAAAAUCACCAAAACAUACAUGAACGGGAAACCUCUCUUUGAAUCUUCCAUAUGUGGCGAUGGUGCUGCUGCUGUGUCCCAGUCGGAAGAAAAUGGACAAAAACCGGAAAAUAAAGUGAGGAGGAGCAGGAAGAGAAGCAUAAAAUAUGACUCCUUACUGGAGCAGGGCCUUGUUGAGGCCGCCCUGGUGUCCAGGGUCUCAGGUCCCUCGGAGAAAAAGAUUCCAGCUAAGAAAGAAUCCUGUCCAAAUAGCAGCAGAGACAAAGACCAGCUGUUGAAGUACAAUGUCGGGGAUUUGGUGUGGUCCAAGGUGUCCGGUUACCCCUGGUGGCCAUGCAUGGUCUCCGACGAUCCACUCCUGCACAGCUACACCAAACUGAAAGGUCAGAAAAAGAGUGCACGCCAGUAUCACGUACAGUUCUUUGGUGAUGCCCCAGAAAGAGCUUGGAUAUUUGAGAAGAGCCUUGUAGCUUUUGAAGGAGAAGGACAGUUUGAAAAAUUAUGCCAGGAAAGUGCCAAGCAGGCACCCACGAAAGCUGAGAAAAUUAAGCUGUUGAAACCUAUUUCAGGGAAAUUGAGGGCCCAGUGGGCAAUGGGCAUCGUUCAGGCAGAAGCAGCUGCAAGCAUGUCAGUAGAGGAGAGGAAAGCCAAGUUCACCUUCCUUUAUGUGGGGGACCAGCUCCAUCUCAACCCCCACGUGGCCAAGGAGGCAGGCGUUGCUGUGGAGUCUCUGGGAGAAAUUGUAGGGUCCUCAGGAGUCAGGGAAGAAGCUGCUGACAGCCCCAAGUCCACGAGGGAAGAGGGCGUUCCCGUCAAGAGGAGACGGAGAGCCCAGCUGUCCUGCUCUGCUGAGAACCAAGACAGUGACCCGGGCACAGGAAAGAACACUCCUCAAAAGACGGCAGAGGCCGAACCCAGGCGAGGAGUGGGGUCUCCUCCAGGGAGGAAGAAGGCCGUGGCCUCCACUCCGAGAAGCAGGAAGGGCGAUGCGGCAUCCCAGUUUCUGGUCUUCUGUCAAAAGCACAGGGACGAGGUUGUCGCCGAGCACCCGGACGCCUCCGCCGAGGAGAUUGAAGAGCUGCUUGGAUCCCAGUGGAAUAUGCUCAAUGAGAAGCAGAAAGCACGCUAUCACACCAAGUUUGCCCUCGUGGCCCCGUCCCCGUCUGAAGAAGACUCUGGUAACUUAAAUGGGAAAAAAAGAAACCACACGAAGAGGACACAGGACCCUAUAGAAGAUGCUGAAGUUGAGGACGUUCCCAGGAAGAGACUCAGGACCGACAGGCACAGUCUUCGGAAGAGAGAGACGUUCACAGACAAAACAUCCCGCACAGCCUCUUGCAAGGCCAUCGAGGCAGCCUCCUCGCUCAAGAGCCAGGCAGCCACAAAACAUCUGUCUGACGCCUGCAAACCCCUGAAGAAGCGGCACCGGGCCCCCGCAGCGGCGUCUGCGUCGCUCGCCUUUAGCAAAAGCUCUUCUCCUUCUGCAUCCUUAACUGAGAAUGAGGUCCCUGAGUGUCGAGGUGAGUCAGGACUGCGGUGGUAAUGUGACUCCUCUUUUCUGGACUCGGAAAGUAUCCGGUAGUGAAAUUGUAGCUGUUUGAGGCUCUCACACAUCACUGUAUCAUGACAUCUAGAGCAUCAUCAAAUCUGAAGUCUUUGCCGUUAAUAAAAACAAAAUGAAAAACAGCCUCAGAAUGUAGGUAUGACCCUUUUUUGUCCAGAGGGAGUCUGGGGUUCCCAGCUUUAGAGACUACCCAAGGAGCUUAUUGUCGAGUCUUAACUUCUUGUUACUUUGUUCCCUGUGAUUCUUUUUCUCAUUGUAGACGUGAGUCCUGUUUUUAGACUAUCUGUGAAGAGAUGCUCACCUUGGGCUUUUUCGGAACAGGGUAGUGAGGCAGGGAGUGGGUCAGAAGGUGGCACUUCUGACGUGGUCUCCACUGUGGUCCGUGGUGGGGCGGGGCGUCCCCUGCUCUCUCAGCAUCAGGUGCUUAUGCCCAUUAGAGGGGGCCGGGCCUUCGGGGGUGGGCAUCUGCUCUCGCAGGCGUGCAGGGGCCUCGGGGUGGUGUGGGGUGGGGCUCUCGGCCAGUCUUAGUGGGUGUAUGUAGGUAACUGAACAUUUCUUACAUUUGAGCACGGUCAAGACAACGCAGGAAGAAUUCUUCGCUGAGCUCCUGGGAGCUUAUUGAAACAUGAAAAGGCAAAUUCUAUACAAAACAUUUUUCCUAUUUGUCUUGUCCAAGUUCAGAUUAGUAUCCUAAAAAGUUAAAUAAAAGGUGGUCUGUAAUUCUAAAGAAGAGGAAUACUAAAAGUUUCAGUUCCAUAGACCCUUUCACUUAAGGCAGUUUGUUUAAAACACUUUUUAAUGAGUUUUUCUGGCAUCAUAUUUUGGCCCACUCAUUUGGUGGAGUUUUUACUUCCACUGUUGUCAGAUACCAUCAAAAGAAAAACACUGAGGCCGCUGAGAUCUUGUCUGUCGUUCCUGGUCAUGAGUCGUGUGGGUUAGAGGUGUGGAUCUAGAGCAGCUCACCGCGGGGCCAGGAUGGCGGGCAGAGGUUAAAACAUGUUUGUCAGACACACCUGAUGGUCUGACAUUGGUUUUGACCAGGAUGAGUUUCAUCUUCCUGGCUUAGACAUUUGUUCUGAACUUGGGAAGACUUAGAUGAAGCAUUUUACAAUCAUUAGGCUUAAUUGAUGUUUAAUUCUUUAGAACUUCAGAAAUAGAUUAUUAAAUACAUUUGUAUUAUAUAUUAAAUACAUUAAAAUCGUACACCUUUUUGCAUUUUGAAGGUGAUACAUAGAUUCCAUAGUGUGCAUUCUGUUUCUUACAUAAAAAACAUUUAAAUUACUAGGCUUUUUCUAUCAGGCCACUUUUGUGUGGCUUAUAUAAAUCUCACAUUAGAGUUCAUUUUUAUUAAAACCGCUUUAGGUGAACAAGAAGGCUUGUCUGUUUCUGUGUUAACACUACUGAACUACAGUGCACAUUUACGACGUCGGCCAGGCUAAGUGCCUUUUAGCACGAGAGACAAAGCGCAGUGUUAUAAAGAAACAUUCUAGAAGCCGCUAGGUCCAGUUCUGGUGGGCACUGGGCGACCAUGGGGCUGCUGUUGGCAGGGCUCAGACGGGCCCCUUAUUCGGGGUGAGUCACAUGCCCUUUGCAUGUUUAUAUUCUCUCCUUUCAAUACCAUUGAUUAAGGAAUUUUCAUAGGGUUGGUGUUUCAAGACAUUUUAGGUCAUGUUGUGGUCUGAAUUCCUCUCAAACAAGGUAUAUGUGAUCAAUAUAACCUUACAUUAGAAUAGUUAUUUCAUAGUAGUACUGCAUCCCCUAAUGAGGAGGACAGAUUAAAAUCACACACUUGCAUGACAAAGGCCUGGGAAGUAAUUAAUGUGAUUUAAGUGUUUUGUAAUUUCAUUUCUUAUUCCCUUAGUAGAGCAAAUUCUUAUUUUUUUCGCCUUCACUGGUAACAGCUUUUAUGGGAGCCCACAUCAGCCAAGUUGGAUUUGAACUCAGCUGCUCUGUACUGCACUUAAAAUGAUGUAAUUUUCCAAGAUGUCUGCUGCAGGCGGCGUGUCAUCGUGCACACUCAGUGGCAUUCCUUUCACAAUCAGUUAUGGAAGAUGUGUGAUAAUCUGUUUUUACUGGUAUUAAUAACACAUACAAUGAAGAAAACAGAUAACAAAUUUUAAGACCAAGGUAAGAUACCUAAUCAAGGCCAUUUAACCAAUCACAUUCAUCUCAUAACAGAAACACAUUCAUAUUCCAGUGGUCAAUGUAGAUUUCAAGUUGAAAGGAUGCCCUCGAUCAGGGGCUGUCCUGGGCGUGUGACAAGGACAGCACACUGAAGAGGUUCAUCCUGUUAGAGGUCGUUUUUCUCCUCUAGUUCAUAACUUACUGAAUUUUUAUUGAAAAAAAUGUCAGCACCUGUACCUUCAAAAACAAAGAACAAACAGCACACAUUAAAGAGUCCUCGUCGACUGUUCUCAUUGCUAAUGGAAUGUAUUCAAUCCUGUAGAUAGUAAACUAAUUUCCAACAUAAAAGGCAGGAAGACUUUUGAUUCUGUCUUUUUUUACUAAACAGUUUUACUAUGACACUAGCUAUAGUAAAUUUGUAGGAAAAAAAUGUCAUUUACAGUAUCAUUGUGAACCAUUUAACUCUUUUGAUUCAAUAACCCUUAUCUACUGGGGGUCCUAUAAUCAGGUUAUUUACACCAACCUCUUCAUUGGUUGCUUUUGUAGAACAUGAGCCAUUAUAUUAAAUGUCUCAAUCUUGGGUGACCACCUGGUGUGCCCCAGGGUGUCCGCAUGUUUGCAUGGUGAGGAAAGGCCUCCGUGCCCUUCAGGUCAUAGAGGCGGGAGGGCUCUUCACGUUACCAGGCCGGUAGCACUCGGUUCACUCCGAGUGGACUCUUCAGGUGUGUUUUUCCUUUAAUGAGAGUUUCUCACUAAUACCUGUGUUCUAAACCAUUAAGUAGUGUAACGCAUGUAAAACACUUGGGGUGCCUGGCGCCUUGCAAGGACUUAGUGGUUCGCUAUUGUGACAAUAAUGGUUAUAACAAUAAAAGUAAUAAAAUCACCAUCAUUCCAUUUUUAUCCAAAAGUAUAAAUUUUGCUUCGGCAUGAAAAGCAAUCCUCUUGACUGCACUGUGCGCGUGGGGAUAAAGUAACCCUAGAAGCGGCACAUGCUGGGCUUGACUGACGCUUCCGGGUGCCGGACUGUGGCUGGGGGCGCGACUCUGCUCAAACUCAGUGGACACGGGGCCUCCAGGAUGGCCUCAGUCACGCUGUCCCUAAGGGAUGUGGAGGAGCUCAGGACUGAUGUAGGAUUCUCAAAACACCAGUCACUAAAUUUUAAAAUGUGAAAAAACGGUGGUGUAAAAAUGACCCUAGUUCAAGAAGCCAUUACCCAAAGUAAAGACUGGAGCCUGGAAGGCCUUUGACAAGGAUUAAGAGAUUUGUUUGAAAUUAUGGCAUGAUGGAUUUUGAGUUGGUAGCCAGCCAGCGACCGACACGUGGUGGGUGCGUUAGGAGCCAGCAGAGAAAGGGAUGCCUUCCCUUUUGAUGGGGUGACUCGAUGCUGUGUCCACGGGAGCAGCGUAGACUCAGCCUCAGCUGAGUAAAUAGGGGUGCGUGCAGGAGAGGGGGAGGGGGCGACGCAGUGCAUCUCAGCAUGGUGGGGGGGGCCUCAUCCCACGGGAGGGAGGCGGGAAGGUGCCCAGCAGGCAGAGGCAGAUGUAGUCAGCAUUGCUGUGGUCUCGCUGAGGAGCGCUGGUGGGGGGCAGGGUUCCCGAGAGGGCCUGCCCACAGCUUCCUGAAGGAGGGGAGUGGAAGGGGCUCCUGUUUUGAAAGAGCUUAGGGUCAGGCAGUAGUUUGUCUGCAGGAGUACAGAUUCAUUGUGCUGCUAUUUAUCGUGGAAUGUCUUCAUUUCCUAAGGUCAAAGUAAUGCUGAUACACCCUGGUCUUUAGUCAUUUGAGCUGACGCUUGUUGGGGUGACUUUGGCUAUACCACGCACGGAGUCGCUGCCGUGAUCGCUCCUUCCACAUGCCACACUUGGGCCUGGUGGGGAGGUGGCUGCGAGGAGGGCCCCUGGAACAAGGCGGGAGGCCACAGGCGGACACUUGGCUGAGGGUACAGAAGCUGAGGUGGUAGCUGUUCCAGAGAUGAAGGUAGCCCGCGGUCCCGGAGCGGCACCCCCGGGCCCAUGCCGUGUUGGGUAGAGCUGCUCCCACCAUGCCGCCCACAGACUCCCGUCUCCUUGUGCGCCUUUCCCAGAGUCUUCAGCUGUGGGGGAACUUAGGUGAGGUUGCCUCUCAGGCCUCUCUUUAGUAUCUCACACGUUUAUACCUCCCAACUGAAAGUAACCUCACUAGUUUAAAGAGGAUAUUCCUAAAAACCGACCAGAAACCUAAGUGAAGUUUCACAAGGAAGCAAAGUUUCAGAAACGUAAGGCAAAGGGUGGCUCUUCGCCGCGUGGGAGUGUGGGAGGGUUAGCCUGCUCCCAGGGUGGUCUCUGUGAGGUCCCCGUCCCAGUGUUAGCUGUGCCUGAUGACGUGGUUUUCGUGGGAAGUCCACGCGGAACCACAGGAACGUUUCAAGUGGAGCGCUCAGGGCCGGGGAGCGGGACGGCGGGGGUGGGGGGUGGGUUUGGCCAUUUCAAGAGGUUGCUGUGGUAGGGGACGGGAGCAGCUGAACACCGGAGGAGAGGACAGCGGAAAGGCGAGGUUUGCUGCCCCUCUCGGUCUCCUGGGCCCUGGUCUGCUCCCCCAGGGUUAGGUCCGGGGUGUGUGAGCGUGGCCAGACUGGGGGCGACUCUCGUACCUAUCGAGUCUGUCUUAGAAAUGUUCUAACGAAAAGUCAGACUGUAAAUUAGCAUCUACUUCUGAAAACAUAAAAGGUGCCCACGUGUGGGCUUAAAAUUAGGGUUCUCCACCAAAAGCCUGGACGUUGGGCCCACUGUGGCAGAUGAAGAGCUGAGAUUUUGUUCAGUAGCAGUGUAAGUGUUUUAAAUAAGGGAGCGUCCUCUGUCCAUUUGAUGAGUCCAGUAGAAGGAGCAGUGCUUGCUUGGCGGGUGACUCUUGGCUGGCUUGGGUGAGGACUUGUGCGGGCCCAGGUGGGCGAGAAGGCACCCCCCACCCCCCACCCCUGCCCAGGAGGGACUCCUGUCUGAAAGGGGAGCUGCAGAGUACGGUCACUGUGACUUUGGCAGGUGUGCCUGAUCCCUUUUCCAUUUGGUUGUUUCUAACUCAGCUCGUUUCUGAAGCGCAUCCGGCGCCUUUCAGCUAUUAAUUCACGUUACGGUUGUUCUGGUCAGGUAGUCGUUUGUAUGUGGACCGGCUGAGAGCUGCCUUGACUUAGUGUGAAACUAGCAUUUAUGCUUUUAAAAUCAAUAGCUUCAUCACCUUAGCGUUUAGAAAUCUGUGAACAGAAGUAGUAAUUGUUGAGGACUCAGUUUUACCUUUUAGAUUAUGAAUCUAAAUUAUAGUCUUCUGAAAUAACCGAAAUAUCACUAUCUUAUUAGAAAAGGUUUCUCAAAAUGCUCUCAAAUCUAUGAUUGGGUUUCAAUUUUUUUUUUUUUUUUUUUUUAAGAAAUACGCUGACUCCUGUAUAUUUUAGGAUUUUUGAUCAGUGAAAUUGAUUUUCAUCCUUUUAAGUACUGUUUUUGCUGUUUUACCUAGAAUAUUAGAAAUUAGUACUGAUUUACUUGCCAGUUACGGAAAGUUGGGUGUCCUUUGCAGGUAACAAACACAUGCCUUGCAUCCCUCCAUCUUGUUGCUUGUACUGCCGGGGUCAGGGGCCACUCGCUUUGGGCAUUUCCACCAGCAAGGACACCCUGAGGGGACCCUCCCGCCUGCUCGGUGUCUGUUUAGGAGCCAGACAGGCCUCAUCUUGUGAGAUGCCUUUGUAGCUACCUGGUUACCUGGUAGAUCCACGGCUACAGUUUUUUCUGGCCUGAAUGUAGGUGUCGGGGUUUUGCAUAUAAUUCUUUGGCAUGUGUUUUGAAGCAUGUGCUAACCGUCCAGGGCAUAUUGCACCUUCCAGAAACGGCUGAGGUGGGGGAGGGCAGCCCGGCCCAUCAGUGGGGGUGGGGUGGGUCGCUCAGCACUGCGCCUGCAGCCACCGGCCAGGCCCCUCCCCAGCUCCCCUCUCUAGCCCACUCUCUGUGGGACAGCCCCUGCUGGGGACACAGUUGGGACAACGUUGGGUUGAUAGGACAUUUUAGAGACUCAUUUUAUCUGUGACGAGGGCUGGCCUUGCCUCUGGAACAGCAGCCCCACGGCCCGCCUGGCCACCAUGUGGUUCUCACUGGCACCUCCUGGGGCUGUUGGUUCUCACAGGAGCUGCCUGGUUAGAAGGUGGGUGUGAGGAUAGUGCCAGGGUGUGUUCCCACGACUCAGACCUGGACUUCAGGGGCAGCUAGGAAGGGUCGAGCUGUGUCAUCUAGAGGGGUUGCUUUAAUACAAGUUCAAUAACUUUUGUUUGAAUUGUAGUAUUUCAGGUGAUGAAUGCCUAAUUUACAAAUUACUUUAAUUCCGCCCUAAUAUUUCACUGUGAUAUUAACUUGGAAGACCUGUUUGAGAUUAGUCCUUUGACUUUAAGCUCAUUAAAUCUCCUGGGCACAGGAUUCGUAUCAUUUGUCAAUCCAAAAUCCUAUGUGAACACACCUCUAGUUAUCUAUUUCUUCCUUUACAAAAGCGUAACUAAAACAUAAAAGUAAUGUUGGUUUAUAGAAAUAUCUGUUGUUCAAGGUCUGUAAUUGUAUUUUUUAAAUGAUGUAGUGUUCAACUUGUGAAGGGAUGUGUUUUGUUAAAAGAUCUGAACCUCACUGUAACUCUGUCCAAGGCGUAGGGGACUGCUCUCCAGCCCCGGCAGGGAGGGACCUGCCUGCGAUUCACAUAAGUCGCUUCUCGAAGUCGGUUUGAAUGUGUUCACUAGGUUACAUUAUGUUCGUUAAUAUCAUCCUGAAAAAUCCCUGUAAUGAUCACGGAGACCACAUUCUCUGCCCGUAGAGGAAUGUAUUUCUGAGGCAAAAGCGGGCAGUUCCGUGCUGUCACAUACUGAGUAGAGUAGAGUAUUUUCAGACUGGAGGAAACUGGAAAGUCAGGAGCUAAGCUGCUGGUCGAGCAGCCGCAGGCAUGGCUCUGGUGGAUUCGGGCGCGGCGGGAAGUGCCCCCGGCAGUCCGCGUCCGUCCACUCAGUCACUGCGUUUUUCUCUUUCCGAAUGCAUCCUAUUGGAUAUGGAAUAGACCGUAGAGGUCGUAGCCUGAGAUUUGGGACUGUGUUGGGACCGUGCAGGUGAAUGUGUCGCUUUCACAAACGCAUCUCCGAGUAAGUACCGGCCCCUGGUGCCCGUGGAGGUGGAGCCUGCAGCCGGAGCCAGGUGCCCGCCCACUCUGCCCUCAGACCCCCGGCCGGCCGUGUGCUAGGGGUCCGCUGAGUCACGGGGAAGGGGUGCGGUGGGAUGGAAGCUGGACCCUCCCGCACCCGUCACGGACUGUGCUGUUGUAAGGUCUGAUGCUGUGUGUGUAUCUUAGACCCAUCAGGACAUGCGCCUCGUGGUGUCGUGAACAUUUAUACUUCCAUUCAAAAUAUGUAUUCAGUGUUUAUUUCCUCAAACCAGACUUUGUUAAUUUAGGAAAUAUCUCCAAGUGGAAACGUGCUCACUUUUUCUGUAAAUCUUAAAUAAAAGGUGCUGUUCCUUCCUUUGACCCAGGACUGGUCUGUGUUUUCUGUCUUUCUCUCCGUGCAUUUUUUUCUUUUUCUUUUUUCUUUUUUUUUCUUUUUUCUUUUUCUU